AAUGGUGAUAAGUGUUCUUAUUUUUAAUUUAUCUAAGUUCUGAUUUGGAGUGAAUAAUGGAGCACUAAAUUAUUUAUGAAACAUUACACUAAGUGACUAAGUGUCUUUUAUUCGAGUCAUGUGUUGAUAGUUCUCAUUAUUACUGGUUGCUUGCCACAUAAUUAAUAUUUGAAUUAAUGAUUGUUUUACUGGUAUAAGUUCUUAGAGACUGGUAGGUGUGAGCUAAAUACCUGAAAUAUAAAAUAUAGACGACAAAGGCAUUUGAACAUUCUGUAUGCGCUGCUUCAGAGGGAAGCUUCGGUAGGGAGCAUUUGAACCAUGUUUCAUUGUAGUAUGAUGGGUGGUUCAUGCAGUGACCCGCACAUACCUGAAGUUCCUGCAUGGACAAACCAGACAGCUGAAGUGAAGGGACUCUCUCACUCAAAGUAGCUUCUCUCUCCUGCUUCUUGUCCUUCUUCUCUUUCUCCAACAUCACAGCUGCUGUUUUCAGCAGUUUAGUCUGAAAUUAGCAAUAAAAUGAGGAUUAUUAACUCUCUGGCACAGUCAUUGUUAUUUUGUGGAUUUAUAAGAAAUGUCAUGAAAUUGAAUUUGCAGUAAAUUAUUAUUGGUCAGAUUUUAUUGUAGUAAAGACAGAAAAGACAAAACCUUAAGAGCCAGUCUGCGAGACGCAGAGAUCUUUGAUUUUUUCUACACAAAAAAGAAGUAGACAAACAUUUUAUGAAACAACAGUUACAGUACAUAAAGGUUUCUAAAUAAAGAUUCUUUAAAUACACACUAAUAAUAUGAAGAACUUACUGGUCUGUGGUGGACAUUGAGACAUGGAAAAGGAAAAGCAAUAAAAGUCAGUAUUGACAUGAUAAAGAUCUGAAGAACUACCAUGACUUUAGAAAUGUUGAUUUACAUAAUAAAAAUCAUAACUUACGCCUCAGACAUAUCUUGAAGCCUUUUGUCUGUGAAGAAUAAAGUAAUUUAAACUAAAAUCAGAAAAAAUACAUCAUCCAGUGGAGCAGUUCACUUCAUGCAUACAGCACCAUUAUCAAUAUUUUUUGUGGUUAACAUUGAUAUUUUAGAAACACUGUCAACUAAUAUAAAUAACUAAUAUUUCACUUUUCUGUGUAUUAUGAACCAGUAUCUUUUUGUACUACAGUAAACACUGUUGAUCUGCCUCUUGUUAAGUGAGCCAAGAGAUCCGAGUCAUCUGGACCUUGGUAUGGUGACAUACCAACAUUAAGCUGUUAAAUUAGCAAUACCACAGGCUUGAGUGCUGCACAUUGUUUGAAUAAUCUUUUUUUAAUCCCAAUCGGAGUCUCUUCACUUUCAAGGCAGCCAGUUCAGAACUAAAAUCAGAAUUAAUUAUUCUCAAAUAUCAUGAAUAUACAGUACCAGUCAAAAUUAACUUGAAUGAGAAAGUGUAUCCAAAUAUUUGACUAGUACUGUAUGUAACAAAACUCAAGUGGUUUAGCUUUGGAAUAAAUCAUCUUCUCAUUAACAUUUGUUAAAAUAGUUAAAAUGUAAAUGUUUACUACUAGUUAGUAUAACUGACUGAACUGUACAUCACUAUGUGAAUUACUUGAUUAGUUAAUUUAAACGUUAAAUUAGUAAAUUUAAUGUGACUUCACAUUGAAAACAUACCUUUUGUUACUAGGUAAGAAGUUGUAAUUGUCAUAUUUUUGCCUCUUUACAUCUAAUAUUUUGUCCAACUUCAAUGAAAGUAAAUUUUAGAAUAAAUCUGCAAGUUUAUGUUUUUCUAUCAGGUCUGUAUGUGUCACUAUCUAUCUGAUAAGGCACCUGCUACUAAUUAAAUUAUUCUACAUAAACGCAACAGGUGAAAAGUGUCUUAAAUAUCCUUAAACCACACUAGCCGCCACCAUUCACACUCUUACAAGAAAAGUCAACAUACCUUUUUUUAUCCCUGCAGAAACCCUGGUGAGGUGAGCAGUGGCAGUCUCUAAAUGACAAGAGGAAACCUCAAGUCACAUUUAUUGGCUCCUAUUUCCUUCUCUCAACGAUCUUCAGAUUCAAUGCCUGGAUCUGUGCAACAAACAUCACAGUUUAAGAGGAAUCAAUAACCAGGCAACUACAACAUCCAAAUAGUUUCGUCUUCUCUUUGGAUUUUGGACAAGCGUCUGGACUGCAGUCAACUGGGUCUUGACCACUGCAAAAUUAAGUGGGGUUCGGAGCAUGUGGGAGUUGGGAUGGACAAACACAGGCCUGUUCCUAUUGUGAAUGUGACGUGGACAAUAAGGUCAGAUGCAUCUGUAUUAAAGCUACGUGGAUCAGAGAUAAAUAUUCUGGAUGAAAGUACAAAUCAAAGUAUAUGUGUGCAGUUUUCUUACAAUAUCCGCCAACAGCUGAAUCCAAACGAUAAAAAGUGGACAUUUUCAUUGGAUGGAGUUGUGGUCGAGCCUGGGCAUACAUAUAUGGUGACAGUUUUUAAUUUGCCAGAACCUGAGAUCGAGCGUGAUCAGGUCAGGAUCAGAAAGCAAAUUAUCAUCCCAGGAUGUGAUGACCAGAGAAUCCAAAAGGCCCAGAUGUGUUUGGAAAAUGGUAGUCUUUGGGACCCUCAUAUAACUCGUUCUGUGUCAGUUGAUGAGGAACAUAAAAUGUUGUCCAUUGUCGUGGGUUUUGAGGCAGCAAAGUAUUCAGAGAAAUACCAAGUCUCCAUUCAGGGUCAUGGUUUCCAUUGCUCAAACAAUGUCUCAAAGGAAAACACAACAUCACAGAAUGUGACCUUUGAGUUGGGUUUAUCGCAGCUCUCGCAGUGUAAAAUGGUGAUAAUGAUUCGGCCAUUUUUUAUACGAUGCAAGAAUGACUGUGAGCGUCCAGAGAAAACAUUUCAUUACUGUCCUUAUUAUCCAACACGGACUUUACUUAUAAAGGCAUCUGUGGGGCUGGUCAUGUUUGGAAUAUGUCUUGCUUAUUGGCUGUGGAGUUCAUCUCAUAAAGAUCCCGUGAACACAUCCACAUCUGCUGCCAAAGAACAACCUGAAUGUUUUCAAGUGCAAGACAGAAAAAGAGUCCUCGUCAUCUAUUCUCUCGACCACCCUUUAUACAAAAUUGUUGUUCUCAAGCUUUGUGCCUUCCUGGCGACCACAUGUGGUACUGAAGUGGUCCUGGAUCUGCUGGACUCUACCAGACUGGGAAUGCUUGGCAGUAUUCAGUGGCUGGACUGGCACAGAGAGCAAAUAGAAAGCUCUUCAGAUAAAAUACUAAUCCUGUGCUCACGAGGAGUGCAAGCCAAAUGGAGAGCCAUGUGUGGCGAUAAAAAGGUUUUUCUGAGAGAGGAUGUCCGCUCACCAAUAGGCGACAUGCUCACUCCAGCUCUCAGCCUCAUGGUUCCCCACUUUGUCCGAUCUGCAUCAUUUAAAAAGUACAUAGUGGCUUAUUUUGAUGAUAUUUGUUCCGAGGAGGAUGUUCCUUCACCUUUCAACAUUACAGUACGAUAUAAGCUAAUGGAACAGUUUGAGGAGCUUUUUUUCAGAAUCCUGGACACUGAAAAGCACGAACCAGGCAGAGUGAAUCACAUCGGCGGGCUUGCAGAAGAUGAAUAUCAUCACUGCCCCUCGGGUAGAGCCUUACGAGAUGCUAUAGAGGCUUUCCAGGCAUACCAGCUGGAGCAUCCACAGUGGUUUGAAGAGGAAUUACUGGAAAACUCAGAGUUGGAGGUUGAGGAGACCUCAGCCGAGAUCUACCAGGAUGAAAAAACAACCAUGAACCUCAUUACAUAUUGUGAACCUGACUCAACUCAAGUUAUCAGUCAUGUAAAGACACAAGAAAGUGAUUUUACUGUAGACAAAAUACAACUUUACAUGGCUGAACGGCUCCAAAUGUCCACCUCACUUCAGUUCCACCCCCAUAUUGUUGAGGACAUGCAGCCAGUUUUAGGGAAAUAUCAAGUACAAUUUGAUGACAUCUGUGAACUGGACAAAAACAUAGGAUAGUAAACUGAUAUCGGAACAUGAAAUAAACAACAGAGAAUUAGCUGUUACAUGCUGAACGGAUGAAGAAAACAUGGAGGAACAUUUAUCACUUCUUUGCAAACUUUAAAAAAGGAUAUCUAUGUGGACAUUUCAUGAUACUGUAUUUUGUUUGUAUUCAUAUCUAUUCUGUAAUAUUUGUGCAUAUAACAUUAAUGUUGAAUAUCCUUUGCUUUGACCAGGAGACAAUUCCUGAAUAGUUAACAUCACAGAGAUCUGUGGUUGAUGCUUGUGGGCUGUGUAAACAGUGUUUGGGUCAAAGUUCAGCCUUCUGGGCAAAGUUUCUACCAUUUUUGUUACACAGGAGAAGGUAAGCACUAAACUCUGCUUGUGGAGACACUUUUUUUUUUAGAAUGAGCUGGCUGAUUGUAGGGUUUAAUAUCUGAAAGUAUGGAUAUUUUGAAGUAGAAGUCAGUAUUUUCAUAGGUACAUGAUCUCUCCUGUUGCAUAGAAAAGUGUUGAUAUACUUUAUAACUGCUUUAGAUUGAUGUCAGGUUUUUUAAGGGAGCUUAAGUGUAGACUUUGGUUUGUGUUUACAUAUGUGUUUGUAAUCCUCUCAGUGUCACUGAUGAGAUUUUACAUUUAAAGACAAUGUUGAAAUGGCAAUGAUGGCACAAAAUGAGUUGUACAGUAUUAAUGAAAAUGUCUGGCAUUUGCUGUUUUGUCCCAACAAAUAAGUUUCUGACUGCAGUAAAUUUCAGCAAACAGUCUGUAAUGAAUAAAUGCAGUGAAAUAGGAGAAAAAAAAGAUAGCAACACAGACCCCUGCUCGGGAAUUCGGGUGUCAGUCUCAGAGAGCGGCCCCAGAGGGGGAGGGUGGUGGGAAUUUGCAGUAAGUAAGUGGAGCAUAGAAAAUCAUUACAAUGGCUGAAUUGGACUUGUGCCUUCCAGUGACAGAAAACACACUGCAGGGUUUGAUGCAACUGAGGAGCCUAUUUGAUUUUUCCUUCAAGAAACUGAGGUAAUGUUUGUUGUUUUAAUUCUGACAAACACCUACUGUAGUUUUUCCUUAAAGAUUGGUCUACGCAGAAAUAAAGUUAGACACACACGUGUUUCCUACCAAAUAACCAAGGCUGCAGGAACUAAACUGAAGAGCCAGAUCUGGGCCUGUAGCCAUUUUUAGUGUGUUCUUGUGAAAAGUGUGAAAAACAGGCUUUGACUGAAUCAUUGUGAAGUUCAUUUUGUAAUUUAAUGUGAGACAAUAAUGGAUGUUGUAAAGUAGACAUACAGAGGUGGCUGCUUAAUAUUUCUUCAGCUUGUUUCUAUUUUAUUGCCCAUCAGGGUGUAACAAGUAGAAAGACAUGUCAAAUUUUAUUUUUCCCAGUCUGUCAAUAUUUUAAACUAGUCAAAAUACAUAACCUACACAACUGUAAAAUAAAAAAAAAACUCUUAAAAAUCACAGCUCAUGUCUGCCUAUUUAUACUAAUGACUACCAGUACUUGGCUGAGUAAAGUGUUGGGCAAGUUACUGAAAAUUAGUAAUUAGUCACAGUUACCAGUUUCUUCCCUCAAAAAGUAAUUGAAUUACUUUACCAGUUACUGCAUAUAAAAAGUAAUUAGUCUCUAGGGAAAGUAACUCUGGAUUGAACUCGAGUUACACUUUUGCGUUAAAAGUAAUGCGUUAAAAGUAACGCAAAAGUGUAACUCAAGUUCAAUCCACUUGGUAAUUUUCCCCACAACCCUAAAUCAGUUCAGUUCAAUCCACUUUCACAAACAUAAAAAGAAAGACAACUCAAAGUUCCGCUCCAGGUUUUACCGCAGAUCCACAACUCAAACCAGGAAUAGCAGCGGCAGUUCAAUAACAGGUAUUAUAUAUAAUAUAUUAUAACUCCAGAGAUAAGGGUUAUGUUUUACCACGAGUUGGCUACAAUGACGUGGACUUUACAAACACAGUAAGCUCAGGUGAUGAUGUGUUUGUGUUAUGUGUGAGCAGUGGUGGAAAGUAACUAAGUACAUUUACUCAAGUACAGUACUUAAGUACAAUUUUCCACUUGAUGCUACUGUAUACUUCCACUCCAGAGGUUUAUUUUCCAGCUUUAAUUGCUUUACAGAUUAAGAUUUUUCACAAAAUAUUUUAUAUUUUAACAUUCUAUUAUUUAAAUGUUCUGCUCUUUUCUUUAUUACUUUGUGUGGAAGGUGAUAUAUAAAUCAAGUGUAUUAUUAUUAUAAAAACCAUAUACUUGAAUAAUAUGAUUCAGUGCUGUUACUAUUAAAGCCCCUGGAAAGGCAAAUCCAUGAUUGGCUAUUAAUCAUGUAAUUUGGGAUCUAAUGUGCAUAUAGUAAACACCUAAAAAGUAUGAGAACAUAGCCUAUGUAAUUCUUUAGAAAGUUUCUCUCCCUUUCCUUGUUACUGGGUUGCAGUUAGGCGGGGCUAAGAUAGGGAAUUUAUUACGUAAUAAAUAUCCGCCCAAUCAUAUUUAAGAGAAAGAUGAUUGACGUAGCUAUCUG